AUGACGACACGAACCAUCAGCUCGCUAAUGGAAUUGAAUAAUUUCAUUCAAAGCGCUGACGCCAGUCGUCUAAUUGUCAUCGAUUUCUAUGCGGAUUGGUGCGGUCCUUGCCGAUUUAUUGCACCCGUUUAUGAAGAUUUAGCAAAUCAGUACCGAAAUGCUUCAUUCUUUAAAGUUAAUGUUGACCAUUCGAGAGACAUAAUGCAAGCUUACGGCGUGCGAGCAAUGCCGACAUUUGUGAUUCUGAAAAAUAAAAACGAAGUAGGUCGAAUUCAAGGAGCAAAUGAGGCCGCAUUGCGCGACACCAUACAAAGAUUCUAUACGGCAACCCCAACCAAUCCCCAUGCGGCAACAAUGGCUGAGAAAGUUAUUCUUCAAACAUUUGUGCCAUAUUGCCAACAAGCAAAAUAUUAUGGUGAUAUUGUAUACAAAACGCUUGCAAGAAGUGUGAUUCCUGAGGAUAAAAUCAUUGAAGCAUCUACAAUCGAUGGAAAACUCAAUGAUAUGGCUUUGACUCAUAAUCUUCUCGAUUGGUUCAAAAAUGAGUUUUUCGAAUGGUGCGAUACGCCGAAAUGCGAGACUUGUGGAGAACGAAGCGAGCGCGGAAAAGAUCUUUUAGCUGUGCCGAAGAAAGAAGAAACCGACUAUGGCGCAACUCGCGUGGAAGUCUAUGAAUGCAAAAAAUGUAAAAAAGAAGUGAGAUUUCCUAGAUACAACAAUCCGGCAAAACUUCUCGAAACAAGACUGGGGCGGUGCGGGGAGUGGGCGAAUUGUUUUACGUUGAUUGCGAAUGCAAUGGGUCUCGAGGCGAGAUUCAUUCUGGACACCAGCGAUCACGUUUGGACUGAAGUCUACGAUCGUCAAGGACAGCGAUGGGUACAUUGCGAUCCAUGUGAGAAUAUUAUUGACAAGCCGCUUAUCUAUGAAAAGGGCUGGAAUAAGAAGUUGAUGUUCGUCGUUGCGUAUGGAAUCGAUCAUGUCUGCGAUGUAACGUGGAGAUACGUCAUGGAUAGCAAAGCUACCGCUGCACGAAGGGCUGUUCGACUUGAAACGUUCAAUUCCUUUAUUAGAAAAUUGAGUCUUCGGCAAUUGGGCGAAGUUCCAGAAAGCGUGAAAAAGGAAUUCGCGUUGAGACGUCUCAGAGAGCUUUUCGAGAUGCUCGAUUUCGAACUCAAAAAAGCCAAGAUAGCUUCAAAUGGACAUUUUGGAGGAAGAAUUUCAGGAAACGAAGAAUGGCGUAAGCAGCGAGCCGAAUUCAAAGACGAGUUCAAUCCUGUUAUAAUCAAUUGCCCAGAAAAUUCAAGCGAGAAAAUUUUCGAAGUGACAUACAAUUGCGCAAAAAACGAGUAUCAAAUAACGGGACGUGAUUCGGUAGAAGGGUUUGAUAAAUUGAUGUACGAAUGCAAGAACGUAAUGCGAAAAGAGGAGUCGGAUUGGAAAAUGACCUAUUUGUGUCGAAAAAAUGGCACCGAUGAAGGAGUUAUCACCUGGUAUUUUGACACUCACAAACGACCUGUUAAGAAAUGCUCAAUUAAAGUUGAAGGGCGGCAAAUAUACGAUAAUGCCCGAUUAGAUAUGAUGCUAUGUGCGGGAGAUACGUGCACGCAAAUAAAAGGAGACAAGUUUGAAGCUGAAAAUCUCACCGGCGAUGUUAUCAAAGUUUCGGCAAUAAUGUCUCGCGGAUCGUCGGAAAACGCGUUCCAACAUGCUCAACUCUUCCGUUGUGCAAUCGACGACACCAAUGCACCACAUUUGCAAAUUUCCAUCGAGUUCGAAUGA